ACGGGGUUAGGGAGGGGGCGACGGGAAAACCGAAAAAAAAAAAGGAAGGGAGAGACCGAGCGACUGACCGGUUGCAGGCAUCGUCCUCGCCGAAGCCUCUACGACCCCUCCGCCUCUCUCCUUCUGUCCCUAUUUCUCUCCCUCUCCAUCUCUCUGUCCGCCUGUUGCCGCCUCCACCAUGAAAGCCUUCAGCCCCGUGAGGUCCGCCAGGAAAAACAGCCUCUCCGACCACAGCGUGGGCAUCGCCCGGAGCAAAACGCCCGUGGACGACCCCUUGAGCCUGCUGUACAACAUGAACGACUGCUACUCCAAGCUGAAGGAGCUGGUGCCCAGCAUCCCGCAGAACAAGAAAGUGAGCAAGAUGGAAAUCCUGCAGCACGUUAUCGACUACAUCCUGGACCUGCAAAUCGCCCUGGACUCGCACCCCACCAUCGUCAGCCUCCACCACCAGAGGCCCGGCCAAAACCCGGUUUCCAGGACGCCCCUGACCACCUUAAACACGGACAUCAGUAUCCUGUCCUUCCAGGCUUCUGAAUUUCCCUCAGACCUAAUGUCAAAUGACAGCAAAGCACUUUGUGGCUAAACAAAUGGUGUUCGUGACUCCCUUUUUGCACAACAAAAAAAAAAAAAAUUCUACAGGACCUUUUCAAGCGCUGAGCUUAUUUUUCAUCCUUUUAGAGGGAGCACAACAGCUAAUUAAAUGAACUUAAAAAAAAAAAAAGGAAAGGUUAAAAGAAGAAAACAGUUGAAUGAUCAUCCCCAGUGUGCUCUGGACCGGGACUGAUUUUUAGUUAUUUAUGAAGAGACUUUAAAUGCCCUUUCUGCAGUUGGAAGGUUUUCUUUAUAUACUUACUAUUCCCAACCUGGGGAGUGAAACACAAACUCACAGGGAACUGCCCAUUUGAAGCAGACUUUGCCUUUUUUUAAAGGCAGAGCGUGAGUACUAGAAGGGUUCAGUGUUCAGUUACUAAAUGAAGUCUUUUGGUCAGAAAUUACUUUUUUUGACACACCUACUGAAUGCUGUGUAUAUAUUUAUAUAUAUAAAUAUAUUGAGUGAAACCUUGUGAACUCUUUAAUUAGAGUUUUCUUGUAUAGUGGCAGAGAUGUGCAUUUCUGCAAAAAGUGUAAUGAUGUACUUAAUCAUGCUAAACUUUUUAUAAAAGUUUGGUUGUAAACUUUAACCCUUUUUAUACAAAAUAAAUCAAGUGUGUUUAUUGAAUGGUGAUUGCCUGCUUUCUUUCCGAGGAUCGUGCUUUGAUUUUUAUCGUGCUAUGUUACAACUGAACCGAAAUAAAUACCAGUUCAAGCUUAUGUGGAAUGUAUAUGAUUAAUAAAAUCUGCCUGAAGUGAC